GAGGGGGUGGGGUUUCCUGGACUGGGAGUAGGACCCGUUCCUCGGCUCCGGACGUGACGUGAGGCGCGAGCCGGGUCGGAGUGUGGAGCCACAGGUCUCCGGACUCUUCCAGUUCUCCUCUGCCGAGAGGUUCCCGCUUCCGUUCCGGCUCCGGCUCGGGGCCCCUCGCCCGCCUCCUCCUCGCCGCUCCGUCCCGUCCCCUCCGCCGGCCAUGGAAAACGGGGAGGUGUACAGCUCCACCACGGAGAACGUCCCUUCCACUAGCGGCCCCGGGCGCGGCUCCCGCCGCUUCCCCUUCACCCGGCUCGACCCGAUCCGGGCCUCCCUCAAACUGGCCGAGCUGGGCUUUUCUCUGCUGGCCUUUAUCUGUGAAGAGGUGGUGUCCCUGUGCACACGGUGCGCAGGCCUGUACUUCUUCGAGUUCGUCAGCUGCAGCGCCUUCCUCCUGAGCCUGCUGGUGGUGAUCGUCUACAGCACCAAGUUGUACGAGAAAGUGGACAAAGACAAAGUGAAGACUUUGGACAUCAUAUUCACUUCCAUAAUUGGCGUGCUGUUUUUGAUAGCAUCAAUAGUCUUUGCUUGCACCAGCGACCAGACUACACCCGAAACUGUUGCGAUUGUGUUUGGAUUUUUGGCAAGCAUUAUAUUCAUAAUUGAUUUUGGUUUAAUGAUAGUUGAAAUAUUGCGGAAAUCUCAGUCCAGGAAACCUGAAGUCCCUCAAACAACUCUUACUCAGCCACUGAAUGCAAGUACUUAGAAAAAGGAAAGAGAAGGCAAGGACCGGAGGAGGAAGAGACCGAGGGGAAGUGCUUAUAAAGUUUGGGGUUCCAUUCUGUUUCCACCAGCUCUCUCGGUUUCCUCACUUCUGGGAGUUUAGGAGGAGAGGAUGAGGAAACACUCUGUUAAGCCAGAGCUUCAUCAAGGGUCUGUCCAUGUUGCCUUUUUUCCAACUACUGCUAAAGUGUAUGCCUUAAUGAAAUUUCUUUGUGCUGUUUUUUUCUUCAAAACCCAUUGUCCAUCAAGUGCCGAAUCUUUCUGUGACGCCGUGCCGAGGCCUCGGACCGUGCCGGCUUCCGGAUGGCAUUGUGUCCUCAUAAAUGGUAUGAAAUGUUCAUCUUACUGGCCCCUGCUCUCGUUCAAUUAAUUUGCUGAUUUGGAAUCUAGGGAGAGAUUUAAAAAAUGAAAAUAAUCUAAAUGUGGAGUGACUUAAUUAUAUCUUAUUGAAUAAUAUUAUUUAACCUUUAAAAGGGGAAAACAUGUUCAACUUUUCAGAUACAGGAGUCUCACCUUUCUCAUUGAAUGUCAUCGUAUCUGGGGGGGAUCGGAGCUCAGCCAUGAAUGCGAACAACCAUUCUUCUCACAUAUCCAUCCUCGCCGGGAGGGUCUUUGCCCAGGCCAUCGUACAUGAUUUUCUGAGGGAGGCUGAGUCUGUACAUCCGGCUUUAAGCAACAGGGACGGCCUCUAGUCCAUAAAGUUCGGCUGUCUUAAUGGCAUAGCAAGUAGGAAACUAACCGGCAGAUUGUUCGUUCCUCUGUGAGCUUGUGAGGUGAAAACCUGGGCACAAGGCAGGAGGGGAAGGAGCACUUGUCACCUUUACCACCUCCUCUAUCCCUCCAGUAUCUGGAAAGUUGAUAUCAUAACAUCUGGCCUUUUACGGUUCAGAGGUGGUCCUGGCUGCCUUUGUACCUUCUCUACCACAAAGGCAGAAGGCUGCCACGUGGCCAUUGUUUUCUCCCUCUUUGAGUGCCCGCCUAGUGAAAUGGUUUAUAUGGAGAGCUGUUAGAGUGCAGGAGCGUGUGUUUGGACAAACUGGAACGAGGAGUUUCAGAUAUCAUCUUUCCAGGGAAAUCCCAGCUAAGGAAACUCCUUCCACAAAGCAGGUGCAGACCUGCUUCUGGGCCUAGAGCUGCUGAGAGCAUGGAUUCAGUUUAGCUGGAGCCUCACACCUCCCACUUGUGUGUGUGUGUGUGUGUGUGUGUGUGUCAGAGGCCAGCUUUCUGGCACUAGGCUCUGGCUGCCACUUGGGGGACAAAUACUGUUUCCAUUAAUGUCGGUUCUAAGCCUUCCGAAGAGGGCUCCCGCUGUAAUUUAAGCUUUGUUUAGAAUAAGUGCUGUUUGUGUUUGUCUGGACGUGAUAGCCUAUCCGGUGCCUAAAGGCAAGGUAGGAAUGGGGGAGAGAGAGAAGAAAGAGAGGAAGAAGGAGGGAGGGAGGAGAAGAGGAAGAGAAGGGAGAGAGAUAGAGAGAAGACUCCAGAUGGAGGGAGGGCUGCCAGGUUUAUACUUGUGUUGCAGUGAUUUCCAUCUA